AUGUGCCACUCCGACCCGAAUGGAGCAGAUGUGGGAAAAUUGGGAAAUUUUCUAGAGACUGAGGAAACAAUCUGGAUUCACAUAUGUCUACGUGUACUCCUCCGAGGCAUUGUGUUGUACGUGUUCUCUCCGCCUUCCAAUGGACGCGAUCGAGAUCGAGAACGAUUCGAACGUCGGCGAUGGGCCUAUAAAGGAAAUAAAAUUUCGAAUAGCUUUUCGGAAACCGAUAAUCUCAGCAUACCCCAUCGUCUCCCGAUUGCUGUUCUGCUGACCGCUCAUGCUCACUGUUUUCAUCCUCUAGCUCCUGGAUUCCCUCUACUUCGAUUCGUUUUCGAGGGCCUUCUAUCUGUUCGCGAUUGA